AUGGAACCUAAAGAUAUAUUUGCUAAAGCUCAUAUAAAUACUUGCGCUAUUGAGUUAGAACACAAUAUUGAACCCUAUGCUAAAGCUUAUAUUGAUAAUAAUGUUGUAGGAUCAGAACACACCUUUGAAAAUUGUAUAGAUAAUAGCAUUGUGGAGCCAGGACAUACCUUCACAACUUUCGCUGAAGCAUGUGCAACAAUAGAAAAAUAUGCUGCACAAACAAAGACUGUUAUAAUUUUGGGUAAAACAACAAGAAAUUUAGAUAAUAGUGGUUAUCGGCAAGCUCUUUUUGUAUAUGAAAGGCAAGGAAAAUACAAUAGAACAAAUGAUGUAUAUAGGUCAAAGCGAACUGGGUGUCCUUUUGCAAUCAGUAUAAAUUAUCGUAAACAGUCCCAACAAUUUAUUAUAACUAAGUUUUCCUUGGUGCAUAAUCAUAAGCUUUGUUCAGAUGCUGUAAAAUUUAGCACUAUUGUGUGCAAACUUGAUAAGGAUGAUCUUGGCUUAAUAGAAAGCCUUCAUGAUAAUGGACUUAGGACAAAAGAUAUUUUUUCUGUACUAGCUUCAGUUAGCUCCAAAUAUAUUCACAAACCUAAUAUAUAUAAUGCUGUGAGCUGUCAGUAUCAGCACAAGCUUCAAGGUUUAAAUGAGAUUAAGAUGCUCUUUAAAACUCUAUAUAGUGAUGAAAAUAUCAUAGAAUAUGCUGCAUUAAAAGACGUAUAUGGUACUGAACGGGAUCAAGAUAGUGAAUUUGUUUAG